AUAGUCUCCCUCCGAGCCCUCUCAUUGGUCCAUUCUUAAUGAUGUUGACAUUUUCGCACGAUUGAUACGAUAAUGUCAUAAGCACGUUGUGGGUUCCGACACCUUUUAUAGCUCAUAUAUCUUGUAAACUUGUCAAACACACGCCUCUCUGGCGAGGGGAUUGGCUGCAACGCGUAAAAUAGCCAAUCAAGGGGACCGGCUCAUUAGUGGCUGGCGGCUAGUCACCCCGGGGUCGUUUGCUUACAUGCUGACUUGUGCGUCGAACUGGUCAUUCACUAAACACAGGCAGUCUGUAGGCAGCAGAGAAGGGUCGAUGUUACACGAACAGAUACCAGUGCCGACCAUGGCGUACCACCCGUUCCUGGCCGCCUCCAAGGCGCUGGAUUUCCCCAUGCCGUCGUUCCUAGCCCAGCCGGGCUUGUUUCCUGGGAUGCCGCUCCUGCCCAGCGGAGCCCCGGCGCUGGCCAUGCCCAAGCUGAGCGAUCCCUCGCCGGGACAAACGCCGGCAGACGUCAGCAAGGCACUCGGUGGCGCCGGCUCUGUUCUCCGCCCGAUCCCACAACAACAGGACGACGACUCCGAGGACCCUCAAGUCGAACUGGAAUACAAGGACCUGUGGGAUCAGUUCCACACGUACGGCACCGAGAUGGUCAUCACCAAGUCCGGAAGACGUAUGUUCCCGAGUUUUAAAGUGAAGGUGUCUGGACUAGACAAGCGGGCCAAGUACAUCUUUCUCAUGGACAUCGUAGCCGCCGACGACUGCCGCUACAAGUUUCACAACUCCCGCUGGAUGGUGGCCGGCAAGGCGGACCCAGAGAUGCCCAAACGCAUGUACAUCCACCCCGACUCUCCGGCCACCGGCGAGCACUGGAUGUCCAAAACCGUGUCCUUUCACAAGCUCAAACUGACCAACAACAUCUCGGACAAACACGGUUUUGUAAGUCUCCCUCAAACAAUCCUGAAUUCGAUGCAUAAGUACCAACCACGGUUCCAUAUCGUGAAGACCAACGACAUUAUGAAGCUCCCCUACUGUCACUUCCGUACCUACGUCUUCAGAGAGACAGCGUUCAUCGCCGUAACAGCCUACCAGAACGAGAAGAUCACCCAGUUGAAAAUCGACCACAAUCCCUUUGCAAAAGGUUUCCGAGACACCGGAGCCGGCAGACGCGGGGAAAAAAGGAAACAUCUCCAUUCCUUCGGCCACCAACAUCCCGGGUUUCUAGAGGAAGGGCAUUCUAGCGAUCUGGAGACGGCAGAUUGUGGGGACGCAGUGACGGAAAAGGAGCCGCGACUUGAAAGCCGGCCGCCUUUGUCUCCAAAAGAGCCAGCCUCGCCGAUUGUUGAGGGCAGUCCAUCGGUAGGCGCCAAUUACAGAACAGAGGCGAGCGCCCGCCCAUACGCCACCUGCUCGGGCGAUGAAGGCAGCGAACAGCAGGAGAGAGCUGCGUCACUUCACACGCACAAGGGCAACUGCACGGAGACCAACAAGUCCGCGCAGGAAUGCCACCGGAGGGACGCACCGCACCGCGGGAACGAGAUCAGACCCAGCACCGCCAGCGCACUCAGGGAAGGAGAGGAGAGAAGUAGUACCCAUGGUAGCGGGGGCGCCUCGGACAAAGAGAACGGAGGAGGCAACAACAACAACAGCGAAAAGACUUCUACAGAAUCACGAGAAAAGAACACGAUGGAGAAAAAAGCCGUCCACAACAAUAAAGAAAGUAGUAGCGAGAAGUCGGAAAACAACAACAACAAACUCCCAACCUCCCUCCCCUCCCCCUUGUCAGCCAUGAACGCAGGAUCGUCACACAUGGGGAGAAUCCACCCAUCUCAGCUCCAAGGACUGGCUAGCAUGUACCCGUACCAGUUCCUCUCGGGCGGGCACGGUCUACCCAACCGACCCCCGUUUCUGUUCCACCCCUCCCAGUUAGCCAUGACUAGUGGCGGCAUGCCUCAGUUCCCCAUGAACCCGUUCCUGGCCUUCCCCGUCCCCCAUUCCGGUAUGAACGGCGGCAGCCAGCCCCUCAGCUCGCAGACACACCCCCUCCUCGCGUCUCAAGGUUAUCCGUUCUUCGGCAUGUCUCCUCAAGGAUACACCCUCCUGGACGGGUCCAUCUUCAACCCAUCCUUCUCCUUCCCUCAGGCGGCGGAACUCCACAAACGUGCAAUGGCCGGGGCACGUCACCCGCUACGGUUCUCUCCCUACCCCCUCUCCUCUGCUACCUCUACCACCAUGGUCACCACGGGCUCUCCCGUCGUCUGCCCGGGUCUACCCUCGCGGACGGACGCGUCGGUGUCCUCAGACGCGCCGCGCGAGUCGUCGUCGGUCUCCCCCAUCAGUCGCGGCGCUGGAGGCAAGAACAUGAGCCCGAAACGGGCGUCGUCCCCGCCGCGAACAACUUCUAGUACCGCCGAGGUGUCCAGCGAACUCCAGAACAUUCAGAAACUCGUCAGCGGGCUGGAAAAACAACAGGAACAACUCGCGGUGGAGACGCUAACCAAGCUUACCGAACAGAGCAAGUUGCAGUAGUAGUGAAGACGUAAGAACACGUGGACAUUUGCAGAGAGAGAGAGAGAACACUUGUGUGUGUACAACUUACAAGACGUUCGACUAACGGUAAACCAACCUUCAGUCUCUUUCAUUGUCGUGUGAUCUGUAUAUUUUAUGGGUAGUAGAAAGAAAAAUGUUCGUGAGAAUUCUCUUCCUCCCUGCACGAAUGGAAUUUUGACUAUCCACUGACUGUACUAAAUAUCGAGUGCCGUGCCUGUGUUCUAUCUGUCCUGAAAUCAACACGCGGCGUGUCAGUUUCACAAACAUAAGACAGGCGUGCUUUUGGUGACGCCAGGAGGAAAUUAGACAAGUCUAUGUUGUAGCGAACACAGCAGCAUCAGAUGUAAUUAUUUUUCAUCGUGAUUACUAUUCUGUAUCAAAUCAGACACACAGAGAUUCUUGUAUUUGUGGAAAAAACAGUUGUGCUUUACGUAAACGUGGAGAAAAGUCGCCAAAAUAGGAGUGAAAAUUGUCAGUUAUUAGAAAUGAGAAAAGUUGUAGUCACAUAAGAAGGAAGUUUCAAAAAGUCAGUAUGUAUGCACUUGUAUGUAAGAAUGCUAUUGUUGUGUUGCAUAUUAUAUUAUAACUAUAUUUGUAAAUACGGAAACAAUAAUGUUGGGAUAUGUUAUUUCUGAUGUCCCUUGCGUACUCUGAGAAGACAGGGGUUUGUUCAAAUGCGCCCCUAUGUGUAUGGCCGGUACUACACUUAGCCCCAGGGCUGUUGUUAGAAUUGAGCCGGGUUCGCCCUGUGCUUUUUACCCGAACUCUUGUAAUCAAAACAGAAACGCAUUUACUCCUGGGCUGGCCCCAAAAAGAACGGAAACAGAACCUCACUAUAAAGCUAUCCAGGGUCAAUUCCCGCCUUUUUUUUAUUAUUUGUUCGUCGUUAAAAACUUUAUUUAUGGUGCCGUGCCGGCGGCAAGUAUAUUGUCACAAGCGAGUGUUUCUGUAGUCAGAUCGUUUACCCCAAUAAAACGCUCGUGGAGAUGGUACGAAGUCGUUGUGUUGUAUCAGCCUGGUUUCUCUUGGUGUGUUUGGUACCCCGUGAGAGGUAGAUAUAUGUGUGUGAUACUAUAGUUAGCGUUGAGAGAGUGCACACUACUACGGGGUUGAUACCGUAUGAUCCCGAUCUAGGCAGGCAGCCGGACUAAAGAGAUGAAUACCGUUCAGCUAUUACGUACCGCCCGGGACGAUAAGCGUCCAGCGCCGCUUUU